CAUGUGCGUUCAGACAUCAUUGACAUGGCGGAAUCUUUCUCUAAACCCUCCUGAUAGUAGGCAAGCAGACUGGGAUUUGCCAAAAUCUUAACGCUGGAGAAAAAAAGUGGCGAUCUGUCGGUCACGGAAGUCUGGUUUAUUGCAGUAAGAACGUCUGCAGAGGAAAGUUCUCCAUGAAUGUAUGUCACAAUGAUGAUGACAGACCAGAUUCCACUGGACCUGCCACCCUUGCUGAAUGGGGAAGUGCCUCUGAUGCCUCACAUGGUUAAUGGAGAUGGGUCUCAACACGUCAUUUUUGUGCAAGUCAAUCCAGGAGAAACCUUUACAAUAAGGGCAGAAGAUGGCUCCUUACAGUGCAUCCAAGGGCCUGCAGAAGUUCCCAUGAUGUCUCCUAAUGGCUCCAUUCCACCAAUCCAUGUUCCUCCAGGGUACAUUUCACAGGUUCUAGAAGACAACACCGGGGUACGAAGAGUGGUCGUGACACCCCAAUCUCCAGAGUGCUAUCCCCACAGCUAUCCCCCAGCAAUCUCUCCCACACAUCACAUACCUCCGUAUCUCACUCAUCAUCCCCAUUUCAUCCCCAACUCUCAUACUGCAUUUUAUCCACCAGUAACUGGGGACAUGCCGCCUCCUUUCUUCACACAGCACCAUCUCCCUCCCACAAUAUAUGGAGAGCAAGAAAUUAUACCACUGUAUGGCAUGUCAAGCUAUAUCAGUCGAGAGGAGCAAUACAGCAAACCACAGCACAAGAAAAUGAAAGAGAGGCAACUUGAAAGGCAGAACCGCAUUAACAGCCCACCAUCAAGCAUUUAUAAGAAUAUGAGCUCCUGUGCAGCAGUGUACAAUGGAUACAGCAAGAGCCACGCCGGAUCAGGGGGUGGAGGAGGGGGCAGUCCUGGCAUUAAAAAGAGUGAGCGUCGAGCAAGGAGUAGCCCUAGAGCUAACGAACAAGAAGUGCCAGAUCAUGACUCAGAAACGAAGAGAGUUCAGGACUUGCUGUCGGGAAUCGAGAGGCCACAGAUUUCUGAUAUCCAAGCCCGGACUGCCCGGCUAACCUGGGCCCCACCAUCUGGACUUCAGAAUGGGGACAGACAUGCCAAUGGUCUGCCACACACAUUUAAGUAUGAGGUUGCAUUAUCAGACAAGGGUAAAGAUGGGAAGUACCGUACUAUUUACAGUGGAGAAGAGUUAGAAUGCAGUUUGAAGGACCUAAAGCCAGCAACAGAUUACCACAUAAGACUCAACGUUAUAUACAACUCCGUAAAGGUGUCUUGUUCAGAGCCAGUAAACUUUUCAACUCACAGCUGCAUCCCUGAGUGUCCUUUCCCACCCAAGCUGUCUCAUAGGACCAAAAGUUCCCUUACUUUACAGUGGAAGGCACCCGCAGACAAUGGUUCCAAAAUUUCUGGUUAUCUAUUAGAAUGGGAUGAGGGAAAACGAAAUAGUGUUUUCACGGAGUGCUAUUCUGGAAGCCAAAGGCAUCACAAAGUAGCUAAACUCUGCUCAGCCAGUGGCUACACGUUCCGACUAGCUGCACGAAAUGAUGUUGGCAGCAGUGGCUACAGCCAAGAAAUCAUUUUCUACACAUGUGGAAAUAUCCCCCAGUCACCUCUUGCUCCAAGGUUGGUUCGAGCUGGCACUACUUGGAUCACCUUGCAGUGGAGCAGGCCAGAUGGCUGCACACCUGAAGAGGUCAUAACAUAUAACCUAGAAAUACAGGAGGAGAACAAUGGUGGUGCUUUUAACUCAAGGUACACUGGUGAUGACUUGACAUGUACUGUACGAAACCUUAAGAGAAGCACACAGUAUAAAUUCAGGCUCAUUGCCUCCAAUGUGGAAGGGAGAAGCAACCCCAGUGAAGUUCUCGUUUGCACCACCAGCCCAGACAGACCCGGACCCCCUUCUAGUCCUUGUAUCAAGGGCGCCAUCACAUCCCACAGCUUUUGUGUUAAGUGGGAUCCCCCACAAGACAAUGGUGGUUCGGAAAUCCUUACAUACCUUUUGGAAAUAUCAGAAGGGAACAGUGAUGCCAACCAGUGGGAUGUGGCAUACAGCGGAUCAGCAACAGAGCAUGUGUGUGACCACUUGAAACCAGGCACUUUGUAUCGACUACGAGCUUGCUGUAUCAGCACUGGAGGACACAGCCAGUGUUCUGAGAGCCUGCUUGUUCGCACAUUCAAUGUGGCACCAGGGCCAUGUCAGCCACCCCGAGUUGUUGGAAAGCCCAAACACAAAGAAGUUCACUUGCAGUGGGAUAGUCCAUCCACAGAAGAUGGAGCUUGCGAUGUGACAACAUACUAUCUGGAAAUGAGUGAGACGGAUAAAGAAGCUUUAGUGGUGUACGACGGUCCCAAUUUAGAAUGUACAGUCAGCAGCCUCCUGCCUGGAACCACUUACAGUUUUAGAGUCAGGGCUGCCAACGAUGCAGGGCAUGGUCCGUAUUCUGAUGCGAUAGAAGUAACUACUGCAGCUGGGCCUCCUGGCCAGUGGAGGGCACCAUGUCUAACUCUCCUGUCUGCAUCCUGUGUUCUUGCUAGCUGGGAGAGUCCGGACAACUCAGGAGCCGACAUUGCAGAGUACAGACUGGAAUGGAGCAGAGACGAGGCGUCAUUGGAGCUAAUUUACCGCGGUACAGACACACAGUAUGAAAUCACAGGACUUGAUGCUGCAACACAUUAUUGCUGUCGAUUGCAGGCAGCUAACCAAGCAGGUGUUGGGCCCUACAGUGAAAUUGUAAGCUGCUGUACGCCUGCCUCAGUUCCUGGUAUGGUGCCUGUGCUAUUUGUUGUAGAGGAUUAUCAUUCGGAUGCGAUUCUUUUCUCCCCUUCAACGUGCCUUGCAUUAAAAUGGGAAGAGCCUUGCCCUAACGGCUCAGAAAUCACAUCUUAUGUCAUUGAACUUGGUGACUGUCAAAUUACAGUUGAAAAUGUGACGAACUAUGUAAUUGAGGGUCUACAGCCAGACCAAGAAUACAGCCUCAGGAUACAGGCUGUGAAUGAAAUGGGAGCAGGACCCUUUAGUCAGGCUAUGGAUGUGAGGACCAGGCCUUUGCCACCUACCCCUCCUCGAUUGGAGUGUGCAGCUGUUGGACCCCAGAGCCUCAAACUGAAAUGGAGCGACAAUGGUAGCACAAGAGUGGUGGUCACCGAAGAAAUGGUUUACGUGCUUCAAAUUGAACAGAAGAGUAAAGGAUUUUGCACCAUUUAUAGAGGUCCAAGUCACACAUAUAAGGUUCAGAGACUGAUGGAGUCUACCAGCUUCAGCUUCAGAAUACAAGCAAUCAGUGAGGCAGGAGAAGGUCCGUUCUCAGAGGUCUACACAUUCACCACCACUAAGUCAGUUCCACCUGCCUUGAAAGCUCCUCGUGUGACCCAAAUGGAUGGCAACAUAUGUGAAGUCACAUGGGAGUCUGUUCCUCCAAUGAAAGGGGACCCAAUCAGCUAUAUUCUACAAGUUUUGGUUGGGAGAGAUUCAGAGUACAAGCAGUUAUUCAAGGGAGAGGAAAACAGCUUCCAGAUCUCAGGCCUUCAGUGCAAUGUGGACUACCGGUUCCGUGUAUGCGUAUGCCGUCGAUGUGCAGACACGACGCAGGAGCUUACGGGCCCCUUCAGCCCCUCCAGCUUAUUCACACUUCAGCGAAAUGUGCUGGAGAUGACAGGAAACCUGACUGCUGCAGACCACAGCAAAGCAAAAAGCCUAAUCUCUUCUGAUGAACAGUGUGCCGCACUCAUUGUGGUCGGCUUUGCAAGUCUCUCAAUUCUGAUUGCCUUUAUUUUACAAUACUUCUUUAUGAAGUAGACUUUUAUAUUGGACGAAUAAGGUAUAUGUUUAACUAAUGCUACGCAUUAUAGUCCCUAUAUGUAUUUAGUUUUUUUUUUUUUCUUGCUUUUUUUUUAAAUUCCUAACUCUGAAUACUCCCCCCUUUUUGUAGGAAAUUAGUUCAGCAGAAACCUUGCGUCUUUGCUGCACCUUAUUUGGGAAAGAAAAUUUGUAACACAAUAUGCAAAAAAAUUAUUUAAAAUGUGUGUCAUUUUGUAUGUGUACACACAAACACACACACACACAAACACGUAUAUAUAUGUCUAUAUAUAUAUAUAUAUAUAUAUAUAUAUAUAUAUAUAUAUAUAUAUAUAUAUAUAUAUAUAUAUGUAUAAAUAUACACUAUUUAAUGCUUUAUGGUUAAAAAAAGGUAUCCUUUUGACAUUUCUGAAUAUAUGCAGUCACGUAUAAUAGGGUACAAUCUCUUAACUAUCUGACUGUCUGUGUCCCUUUUAAAUAAUGCCGAGGUGUAUUUUUUUAAUAUACCAGGCAUUAGUAUGCUACGGUAUAUUUUUUUAAAUGAUUAAGUCUAGUGUUUUCCUAGCUCUUUAAAAAGAAUAAAAAUAAUACAAAAAAAAAUAAAAUAAAAUAAAGCUAGCAAGCGAGCUACCUGACGUCAUGAAUCAGGUCCUCUGCCGUAUUGCUGUGGAACACGAAGGCCAGCGUUAAACUGCCAAAGUGAAAUCUAAUCCAUGCGCUGGUUGUGGAGUAAUGGAUGCUGCUAUCCUGUAUUUUUAAAUUUGCAAAGUUUGCCACUUGUACAAGCUGUCUUACAGAUUGUAAUUGCACAUUAAAUUCAGCUUGAUUAAAGUAUAUCUUUUUAUUGUUUUUUUAAAGAAUGUACAAAAAAAAAAAGAAAAAAAAAAAAAAAGGUGGUUCCUAUUCACUGUUUGCUGGCCCCGAUGAUGCAGAUGCUUGUGCACUGCUGCAUUGUGUUCAAGACUGUUCUGGAUGCUGGCGACACAGCUAGCUGUAGUCGUGCCAAAACUCACUUGUUAUUUACACACAGGAGACCAGCUUGCCGACAGCAUUUUGACUUUGCCAAGGAGUCAUUUUUUGUUCUGCCCUCCCAGUAAGCAUUCUGUUCAGUGCACCUUGUAUACACCUUGGAGUUCACAAUUGUCAUUGUCCAAGUCUAUUCUAGAAAUCAUUGCAAGGACCAAACCGCAUCCCAGGUAAAGCAGUACAGUAAGAGGCUCAUCUUGAUCAAAGCUCCUCAAUCUUCACGUAUCUGAAUGCAAGCUGAAAAAGAGCCUUCAUUUUUUUUUUUUUUUUUUUUUUUUUUUGGUGUGUGUGUGUUACCCCUUCACCGACCCGUUCCAUGAGUACGCAGCAAUGCAUCGUGUUAUUGCAUUUCAGAAAAGAGGUUAAGCGCACCCAAAGCAUGCCUUAUAUUCCUCAUGGUUUGUUUUUUUUUUUUUUUUUUUUUGUUCUUUCCACUUUUAACAGUGACAUCUUCUUGCAUUCAGGUGGGAGUCUGAUCCCCUAUUUGAGCCCCAAAAUGAAAGCAUGUACCUCAGGGAUAUGACAUGUAAAUAGGUGGGGUGGUCAAUUUUCACACUUUCCAAGAGGGUGCUGCAAACACUACAUAUGAUAUUGUGACGAUUUAUUUGUAAUUCUUUUCUUUUUUACUUUCCAUGUCUUUCUUCCUUUCUUUUUUUUCUCUCAUGACCUGAAUUGUGCCUUCUUCUGUCUGUAUCCAGAUUUGUUCUGUAGUUCAAGAAGAAAAUUAUCAUUACCAAAGUCAUUGGGAAACCAAGAUAUAAUUCUGUUUUUCUAGGUUUAUUUAUACUAUAUAUUGCAUACAGUACUUUAAAUGCCAAUUACAGUGCAAUCUUCAUUUAUUUAUUUUAAAAUUAAAUGUAGGUAUGUACUAAUGUUUUUGUUUUUCUUUUUUUCUGGUAACAUGUUACUCUGUUUUUGUUGUUUAUUGUACUUUAAUUUUAUAUUUACAGGCCAGCAUUCCUGAUUUCAGUGACAUUUUAAUGUGUGUGUGCGCGUCGAAACAUUUUGGGAACACAUUGUACAUUCAAUGCCAAUAUGCCUGAAAGAAAGGUUUACAUGUAGCCAAAUACUUAUUCAUCUCCUUUCAAAUCAAGUGCUCAACUUAUGUAUUUUUAUGUGCCUCCGCAGAUGUAGCAAAGUGUAAAGCAGGUUACUGUUUCUUUAAUGGCAUAUACAAGCUAAAUUUGGCAAUGCAAAAAAAGUGUUAUUAAGCUUAUAAACUCAUGCCUUUUGCCAAAGUUACGGUGCAUCCACUUGGUUUUGCUCGUUUAUGUGAAAUGUUACACGUGAGAAGAUGUUUUGUGAGACUAUACUGUUUAUUUGUGAGAACACCGUGCUGUGAUUCUGUUUUUAUACAUUAAGAUGUGACAUUUGCAUAACCCCUCAAUAUGAUUAUUUUAAUAGCUUUAAACAAUAAAAUACCAUUUUGUUAUUAAAGUCAAUCAAAUAAUAACUUUUUGAAUGAACAGCAGACUUCCCUGAUCCUAUUUUGUUUCUUUUUAAUUGAAUAUUGAAAAUAUGCAUUAUUUUGAUAAUAUAUAUUAUAAAUAUAUAUAUAUAGUUAUAGUACGAUGGUAAUAGAAACUAACAAAAGUGAAGCACUUUUUAAAAAAGAAAAACUAGGUAUCAUUAUUAUGCCUUAAAUAUGCAGCAUUAAACAUUUUUGAAAAGGAAAGUGUAAUUAAUGCAAGUUUUUUUUUUUGUGUCUGUAAUGUUGAAAAAGAAAGUGAAAACAACAAUUAAAAGUAUGUGUACACUAAUAAUCUGAAAACAGUGUUGCAUUUUGUUUCAAUAUUAUAUCUUCAGUUUUAAGUUAAGAUUACUUUUGGAAGCUGUGUACGCUUUUCUCUCCGAUUUGAAAACGGAGUUGAUUCCAAAGUAUUUCCAAUUAAAUGUAUAGGAGAUGAUGUUUUUGGAAUUUCAUCUUUAAACUGAUUUAAACUCAUAUUUUAUACCUCACAGUUAGACAUUCCAAGCUUUUCAUGAUUACAGUUUAAAAAUAUAUAUGUUUCCUUGUAAUGUAAAUUUUAGAUUAUUUCAUAUGCAUUAUAUAAAAAAAACUGCCAUAUCGAUUUUAAUGUAUAGAUUUUGCAAAUACUACCCUAUGUAUGUAAGACAAAUUGUAUCUGUAGUGUAUAUGUAAUAUAUUUAUGCCCAAUAAAUGUUUUAAUUUUUUCUGA